GAAGCACCGCGCAUCUUCAGUUUCUCUCUCAGAGACGCUUUGAAUGAAAACCCGAUCGAUCAUCGUGAUGUUUGAUCGCAGUAAAGACAUAUAAGCUUGUUUUCACUGGUCAAGGUUGCCAUCUCUCCAAAAAAGAAAAAGCCCGACACCAGUUUCCCGCUAAGGAGCAAAGGAGCAAACUUCUGGUGACAAAUCCCAGCCAUCAAGACAGUCCGAGCUGUUGUGUAGACAUAGGGACCAUGCUGCUUCGUCCCACCACACGUGCAGUUGUUGACAUCACCUUAAUGGCAUCAGCACAGCUGACGCACAAGGAUACCUAAAACGUCAUAAGUUGGCGCAGAAAGUCAUGACAGAGCGACACCAUGUGACAAGUUCAGAAUUGGCUCUGAUCUUCCUUCAAGAACAUCACACUGCCAAGAUGCUCUCAAGCUUUGGAAAAGCCAGAAUACUCCUUUCACUACUGUGCAUCGCUACCAUUGGGCUGAUCUCUAGAUUGUCAUGGGAUUUAUCCUUUUUUUCCUUCAACAUUCAGAACUCGAGUGUUUGUGCCUGUCACAAAUGUUUAAAGGAGGGUGAUCGGUGGUUUAGAGAGCGGAUCAGGGCAGCUCCUCAGCCCUUUUUGUCAAAAACAUAUACACCCUCAGAGGCCGAUUUCAACUGGUGGAAGAGGUUACAGUUGGAAAAACGCAACUUUGUUUUCUACAAAAGAACAUUGGACAACCUAUUUAAGAUAUUCCCACCCAUUCCAGAUGUUGUAAAAUCCAGCCCUGACCGCUGCGGGACUUGUGCUGUGGUGGGGAACUCUGGUAAUUUAAAGGGAUCAGGUCAUGGACCUCUCAUAGAUUUGCAUGAUAUCGUAAUAAGAAUGAAUCGUGGCCGCACCAAAGGCUAUGAAGCAGAUGUUGGGACCAAAACAACUCAUCAUGUAAUGUAUCCAAAUAGUGCUAUCAAUCUGGACAAAACCACUCAUCUUGUGUUGUUUCCAUUCAAGAUAAAUGAUUUACUGUGGCUCCUCAACCAGUUCAAACCAGGGAACAAAAGUGCAGGGAACUCGACAAGGAUAGCUAACAAGGAUUUGGUCAUGAUCCUCAAUCCAGCUUUCAUUAAAUAUGUUCAUGAAAGGUGGCUGGACAAUAAUGGCUACUAUCCAUCCACUGGCUUUCUGACUUUGGCUCUUAGCCUGCAGAUUUGUGACGAGGUCAGCGUUUUUGGGUUUGGAGCAGACAGCGAUGGAAAAUGGGGCCAUUAUUUUGAAAUUCUCAAAGACAAAUGGUUCAGAACUGGAAUUCAUGCAGGUGGCCAUGAAUUUAACGUUAUUCAGCAACUAUACCAAAGGAAACAAAUUAACUUUUAUAAAGGAUCUUAAACGUAAUUUAUGUUUCUUUAUGUCUGUCUCAUUGCAUUAACAUGAAUGGAACUUACAUUAAAAGGACAUCCCACAAAUCAAAAACAGCCUUCAUGUAUGUAUUUUUUUUCCUAUCAAGAUGUGGUGCUUUUUAUUAGUCUAGAUUUUUUUGGUGUGAAUAGCUGAGUGUUGAAGAUAUCGGCUGAGGAGAUGUCUGCCUUCUUUCCAAUAAAAUGGAACUAGAUGCACUGUGAUAACCAUUGCACCUCCAUGCUGCCCCACAAGCCAGGCAGUAUAAGUAACUGUAACAAUAUAAUCAGUGUUAACUUAAUAAGUUAUGGUUUGGAUACAGUAUCAUUAAGAUGCACGAGUAAAUUGAGAGACAUGUUGAUAGCGGUGCACCAUUCAUAUUAAAACAUAUUGGAGGCGCCCCUUAAAAAAUUGAUAUUGUUGUGUUGGACCUUUGCAUUUUUUUUAUUUUUUUUUUAUUUCCACAAUUUUAUGUUUUCCUUUUACUUUCCUCCCUUCUUUUUUUGUGUCUGUGAAAACAUCAAAACUAAAUUGAUCAAAAGACACCGCAGCUAUUAUGACUCCAGUAUCAUGUUCACUGGCUUACUGUCACCCUCACUGAAAGAGAAACCUAUGUGCUAUUGAGUUAUUGCCGUAAGGUACACCUGUGCAUUUGUUGCUAUGAUGAGUCUGCAAGCUGAAUGUUGAGUUACUAAAUCACCGACACACCCUAACUGUCUACAUGGCCUUCUGUUGCCAGACCUCAAGUAAGAAUGCACAAACGGGACCGGUUUAACCUGUGUAGCAAGGUGUGAGCGCAGUGCUUCCUUAUGAAACACUGAAAGCUUUUUAAGAAAGGGAACAUCGCCGGCUUCAUCUAGUUGGGGAAGUGAUGCGUUUUUUUCUACUGUGUCUAAUAUUGGAUUCCUGACGAGUUGACUUCAUUAUUUGGAGACCAUUUGGUGGAUAUGGGGAGAGUCUGGUCACUUCCGGGCUGUUAUACAAAUAAUUAUUAUCACAAAAUGUUUGGAUUUUUUGUUUCUUUUUUUCUAUGGUGUUUGAUGGAUAUUCAUUUAUUUUCCUGCUUUUAGCUUGAAUGAAAUUUGAAAAUAUAAGGAAGUAUUGCUGGUCUGAUUAUUGCUAUGGUUGUGUGUGUGUUUUUUUAAGCCUUGAUUUUUUUAAAAAUGAUUUGCUUAUUUAUUUCAAAGUCCUUUUGCCACUUCUCAUAACGUAGCAGUACCAAAUCAUAAAGCUAAUCAGAAUACAGAUGUAUUUAUGUUGUAAUGUAAAUACUUCCCUUUUGGAGACAAUUAAGU